CCUUAAGGGUUUAAUUACUGAACAUCAUAAGAGUCAUCUAAGAGAUAACCACAGAACCUCGGCAAACUUUUUAGAAAAAAAUGAUAACCCUUCUAAAAUCCUUUUUAUCGGUCUAAAAACGUAGCCCCGUCAUCCCGUAAACAAAGACACAUCAUAACAUGGAGUGCAUACAUAAGUCUUCCCUCUAGUGUCCGUAAACUAUUUGGCAGGCUAUGGGAGAAGGUAGAGCGGGGGUGACGUCAUGACGUAAACGUUGUCUCCUCCUGCGGGCUCCGAGUGUUGUUUUUAGCGGGUUACAUCCGGUGGGCGGGGUUACUGGACUGGUCCAUAUUGCCAGCGGUGACAGCCCUGGACAGACUGGUUUUAUGGCUGCAGAUGCUGCUUACUCUGUUGCUCAGGCAUUAAUCAAUCAUUACUGCCAGGAGAAGUACUUUCACCAUGUCCAGGCUGCCGCCAGUCAAGGGCUCAAGGACUACGUCAAUGACCCAGUGCUCCUCUUUUUCCGGGCCUUUGGGAUGUUAAUGGAAGAUCAAGUGUCCGAGUCCAUCCGAGAACUGGAAGGUAUUAAAGACACGGCGGACGUUUCUCUUUGUUCGCUAAUGGCUCUGAUCUAUGCGCACAAGAAAAGCUCACAUCCAGAUAGAGAAGCCAUUCAGGACCUGGAAAUGAGGUUGAAAGAGCAGCGGAAGACGGCGGGGCCUAGAGCCUUGUAUUAUGCUGGGUUGUUCCUGUGGCACGUGGAGCGUCACGAUAAAGCUCGGGAGUAUGUUGACCGGAUGAUAAAAAUAUCAAAUGGAGACAAAGAUGGAUUGGUUUUGAAAGGGUGGCUGGAUCUGACCUGCGGGAGAGAAGCUUAUGCUAAAAAGGCUCUGAAGUACUUAGAGGAAGGACUGCGUGAAGAGAUGGACGUGUUCGCAAUGAUGGGAAAGGCUCUCUAUUACGAGUUGCGACAGAAUUAUUCGUCAGCCUUGGAAGCGGUGAACAGAAUCGUGGGCGGACAUCCAGGCUUCACUCCGGCUCUUAUUAAGAAAAUGAAGCUGCAUCUGGCCUUACAGGAUUGGGAGCAGACGGUGGAGACAGCGCUAAGGUUACUACAGAAGGACAGUCAUAACCUAGAAGCCAUCAGAAUGCUGGGCAUACAUUGCUUGUGCAGAGAAGGAAACGUUCAUGAGGCGUCAACGAAACUGGGAGAUUUAAUCCACACUCUGGAUCGGUUUGAACCGCACAACGCACACCUGUACUAUAGCAUGUCUCUGGCCUUCAGCAGAAUGUGUGAACGCAACCAGCUCAUCCUUCAGCAAACCCAAACCUUGGUGGAGCGUGCGGUCAAUUUGGCUCCACAUGAUGCCACAAUGGCCACGGAGCUCGGUUAUCAACUGGGUCUACAAGGUCGGAUUAAGGAAGCAUUAAAGUGGUACAAAGCCGCCAUGACCCUCGAUGAGUCAAGUGUCUCUGCACUUACUGGUGAGAAGUUCUUAAGAUUCUAG